CCUGCCUGCCUACUUUACCUACCGCUCAUAUCCAGCCCUCACAGCGGCCACACCACCACGUCCACGUAGCGGUACAAUCCCGGAGGACUUCACGACACGACACGGCACGACACGGCACGAGGAAAUCCCCACGAGCGCGAAACUGCAACACACACGACCACGGGAGGUAAACACGCGAGAUAUCAAAUCAAACUCCGUUGGGAAUAACAACUAGCGCACGAAGAGAAGCAGUGUUUAUAAACCGGAUUGGAUUACUACGCGUUCCGCUACGUUUAAAAAGGUUCCUAUUUUGGACUUUAAAUCCUCCCAGAAGUCCAAACACUAAGGUGGACAUGUACGGUUCCUCAGGCAUCCCAGAGCUCAUCCCCCCCAGUGGCCCCCCACGGCAGCCGGGCCCCGCGGGACAGUACAACCCGGGACACCCCCAGGUCGACGGCCAUGCGGGGGGACCCAACCCACAGAGGCUGGGCCAGAGAGCGCCUAAGCUGGGGCAGAUCGGGCGCUCCAAGAAAGUGGACCUGGAGGAUGAAGACCUGGAUGACAUCAUGAACAACAACAACAACAACCAGUGUCCCCUGUCCCUGUCGCCCAUCUCCUAAGCCUCACCUACAAGUGCCAACAGACCACGCCCCCUCACCCACACGGGACGCCAAAUCUGCUCCGACCCGGCCUUCUUCAAGUGUCUUAGCGACGCCUUCCCAUGGUCUCCACGGCGACACAAAAUGGCUGACUGUACAUAGUGUUUCAUAAGAUGAUGAUAGCGGGGCUGUGAAUGAUCGCCCCGGCCGUAUACCUCGCCUGUUGGACUGUAAGGACUUUCGCAGGAUGUUUUGAAGUCUUAAAAAGGGCUAAAAGUUGCACUGGAGUGAAUGAUUAGCUGGAGAUGAUGUUCUUUUUGUAGCUAUGGUUACUUAUUACGGGAGAGGACUGAGGUCACUGUUUUGGAGAAUCAAACUGUGAGGAAAAAGUUACUAUUUCAUUUUGAUUUUAAAAAGUGGAAGAUUUUAUAGAUUGCCAUAGUUAGCAGUGUGGCAGCAUCAUUGCAACUGGUGACCUUCUUUGAACGGAGGACGAAUACUUACUGCUACUGCAAUUCUUAAUUUAAGAAUUAAGGCCCAAAUUUGAAAAUAUAUUUAAAAUUGAUUUCAUGUUUAUAGAACACAAUUUAGUUAAGUGUGGACAAUUUGGAGAAUUUUUGACAAAAAGGUGAUUUUGUUUUUUGUUUUUUUUUUAUAAAAAAAUUGAAUUGCUCAUAUCAAAACUAUGCCAAAUUUCACAAGCUUGCAAUAUAUUUGUGAAAUCUUUAUGAAAAUUUGAAAAUAAUAUGAAUAGUAACUUCUUGAAUUAUGUAAAAGAAAAAAAAAACACACACAAUUUAAUCUAACUUUUGGUUGUGCAAUGACUUAUCUAUCUCAGUGCAAAUGCGAUGGGUGACUUAGCAUUAUUUAUUAUGACUACUACUACUACUAUUAUUAUUAUUAUUAUUAUUAUUAUUAUUAUUAUUAUUAUUACCAUUUUAUGUUGUAAUGCCUUUGUCUUUUUAUUGAGUGGAUAGUAAUUUUUUUUUAUUUUAUUUUAUUUUUUGGACUUUUCCAAAUGGUGCACUUUUGUGGGCAUGCCUGUUCUGUGCCGUGGUUGACAGUUCUUCUAUGCAUGAAGUCUGUGGAACAUCUCAGAUCAUAACUGGUGUGUCGCUCUCAAGGGCUAGAAGCUUGUUGAGUCCUUGCUGCCUUCAGAAUUUUUGGAUAAUUUAUUAUUUUAAGUUGAAAAUGGUUAAGAUUUCUCUGAACUGUGAGCACGUCUACACUGUAAAAAAAUAACUUGUACAUGAGUUAUGUGAUAUCAGAAUUUUUAUUUGAGCAGUUUGGACAGUUUAGACUGGUUUAUAUGUGUUGUUAGUUGUUGAUAUAUAUACUAUGAAUAUACUACUUGUUUUUGUCAAAGUAAGGCACGACUUUAGUCACUUAGAAAAAGAAAAAUCAGUUUGUAGCUUACUUACUGUCAAAUUAAUAAGAACAGUUUUACUACACCAUUUAAAAAAAACCCAACUAUAUUACUUUUUUUUUUUUAUAUACAUGUAUGACUUUUAAAUUAGGCCCAAGCGCCAGAGGCUGGCGAAGGGCCUUUUAGUAUCGACAAGAGAAGUGCCCAUCAGUGACCCUCACCAUGACGUAGGAAUGUGAGUGCUUUCCGAAAAUGUAUAGUUUAUUAUUUAACAAAACGGGAACAUUAUUUUCACAUCGGAAUAUUAUUCUUUUUCUUUAUUUCUUUUUUUUACCUAACCAAUCCCCCAACAGGAAGUAGAUUAGAAAAAGACAAGGCCAUCCACUCAACCAGAUGUCCAUCAUAUCAGAGUAAAAUUUGCUAAUCAUGACUCAGCCUUUUUUUCUUUUCUUUUUAAUUCUUUUCCUUUUACAGACAUUCACCCAAAUAGGUUCAAAUUUGUUAUAUCAAAUUCUACCACACUUUAAUUUAUUAACCUUAAAACAGCCACAACCUAAAAUAUGGGCACAUUUUCAAAAAGGCGCAUUAGCGCCCCCAACUGGGUGACUGAUGAAACAUACAUAAAAUACAUAAUAAUGCAACUCAACAACGAAUAGAGUGUGCACAACAGUGCACCAUAGGAUAAACUGUUCCCACUAUACUUUUACCAAUCUAGCCGGCCUAGAAAAAAAAGGGAUGAAAUGGGGCACGUUGGCGCCUUUUGCCACCACUCUGGGUUCAGGCGAGGGCCAAUCAUUGCCGCAUGCGACUAUAUUUGUAUUUAUUAUUUUAUUUUUUAACAUGUUUGCAGUCUAGGUUGCAUUUAAUGUAACUGUAAUUGUUUCUAAAAUUCUUAAUUUUAUCUUUCCAAGGUUCACAAUUUCUGUCAAAUAAAUACAUUUUGAUGAACCUAUUUUAAUCAAAUUCUCAAACUAGUGAUCUCAGAAAAAAAUAUUCAUUUGAAUUAUUGACAGACAUUUUGCCUAUUUUCCACACAUCCAAGUAAAUCUAAACUGGUCCACACUUCUCAGAUUCACUUUCUGAAUUCAAGUCAUUUGAACUCAUGUAAACAUUUGUUCUUACAGUGUAAGUACUAUUUAUUCUACCUUAUAACUCGCACCUCCAAAUGUAUUUGUAGAAGAUGUAAACACAAAUAUUACAGUCUGUUAUUUGACUGCUGAGACAAUCUGGAAACCUGUUUUUGGAAGUGGACUUCACUGUAAAAUGGACUCAUGUUGAUGAUAUGAGGAUAAACUUGUUAUUGUAUUGCGUCAUGUAAGCACUGCACACAGCUCAUUGUGGUUUUCAAAGUAUGGGCUGUCGAUGUUUGCAUGGAACUUUUCAUACUGCAUUUCUGGAAAUAAAUUUAAUGAUUAUUUGUGAA